AUGGCAAACCCAAGAGGCCGCCCGGAACCCGAGGCAUUAUCCUCAGAUUCCACAUAUUCCCUACGAGCCCAGUUACUCUUUGUUAGUCAGCGGCUUGACGAGAUGCAGAAGGAGGUUCGCAGGUCGAGGGGAGAGCUCGGGGAGGACGCACACCAGGGAUCUCCAUUCACACCUGAGAUACAGGAUCAGACAGUCCCCCCGAACUUCCGACUCCCCUCCCUGGACGCAUACGACGGCUCCACCGACCCCGCGGACCAUGUAGCCGCUUUCCGUGCCCAGAUGGCGCUGUAUGGAACUUCUGAUGCUUUGAUGUAUAGGGUGUUUCCCACCACUUUGAGAGGGCCGGCCCACACGUGGUACAGCGGCCUGAAGACCGGGAUGAUUGCCUCCUUUGACCAGCUCGUGAAAGACUUCGAACUUAACUUCUUGGCCUACGCCUGGCCGAAACCUUCCGUUGCACUACUCCUCAGACUCAACCAGAGGGAGGACGAGCCCCUCUCCCAUUUUGUGAAUCGUUUUGCAACACAAAUCCGGGGAUUACCGGAUGCUCAUCUCUCUCUGUUAAUGCAGGCAUUUAUGAUAGGCCUGCAACCUUCCAGAUUCUUCUGGUCCCUCAUGGAGCGGCCCCCCACCGCGGUGCUUGAGAUGCUUCAACGGGCGAACCAGUUCAUCGCGGCUGAGGCCUGGAUGACCGGGAAGCGGGAGGAGCACAAGAGGGUCAGGCCGGAGCCGGCUCGGGGACAACCGUCCGCCACGCCGAGGCGCAGGUUGGACCGUCCUGACCCACCGGCAUUGAGGCCCCCGUUGCCCUCUUUGGGCGCAUCCCGAACGGAGAUAUUUCUCCAAAUAAGGGAAAAAGGGUUACUCAAGGCCCCCAACCCGAUGAAAAGCCCGCGGGAACUCGUUGACCAGUCAAAGUAUUGCUGCUUCCAUCGGCAAAGCAGGCACAAUACUGAGUGCCACGAGCGGAAGUGGCAAAUCGAAGAGCUCGUCCAUAGAGGACACCUCAGUCAGUAUAUCUGA